CUCACAAAAUAGCCAUAAAUACAGAAAAAAAAAAGAAAAAAGAAACCGCAACCUGAAAAAAGAAAAAGCAAAGAAAAAACUAGAAACUUCACAGAAACAUUAUCAAUAUCCGAUCUCCGGCGAUGGAGCUCCGCCGGGAAAUUAGUUUUCCGGCAUCUGAUUCCGAUUCCCCCCGUUACACUCACAAUGCUCGUCGCUCCUAUCAUCGCCGCCAUGUCUUUCACGAAAAGCAAUAACCGAAAGCUGCUAAACACCUCAUUUUUCUCUCGGUUGAACGAGAAAGACGAAAUUUCCUUCAUCUUAUUUGUUUAGUUUUCUCGCUGAGUAAAUAUUACUGUGAAAAUUUUGUUCUGACGCUUUGGUGCUUGAUGAUUGAGUGUUGUAAGGUUGAAAUGAUGUUUGGAGGAAUUUGAAAUUGAAAGUUUUGGAGGAAUAUUCUGUAAAAUUUUGUGAGUGAGGUAGUGUUUUUGAGUGACAGAGGGUUAUUAGGUCUAAAUAUAGGCUGUGUUUAGAGAAAUUCAACUUUUCCGAUGAGAAUCCAGCCGAUCGAUUCGAUCCCGAGCGACGCUGUGAAGCCGCCGGUGUUUAAAUCUCGGCUGAAGCGGUUAUUCGACCGUCCGUUCAACGGCGUCCUCCGGAUUUCUUCAUCUGAGAAGCCGGUCGCCGGAGGAGAGAAAGAUGGCGGUGGCGCUGCGGAGUUCGAGCCGAGCUCUGUCUGUUUGGAUAAAAUGGUUCAGAAUUUUAUGGAGGAUAACAACGAGAAGCCUUCCGCCGCCGUGAAAUGUGCCCGCAACCGCUGCAAUUGCUUCAACGGCAACAGCAAUGAUAGCUCCGACGACGAGCUCGAUUUCUUCUCCGAUUCAAUUUCCGCUAAUUCGUCCUUCAGCGACCCAUCCGAUACUCUCAGGAGUUUGACGCCUUGCACGACUGUAGCGGAGAGGAAUCUAUUGGCAGACGCUUCGAAGAUUGUCGAGAAGAACAACAAAACUUCCAAAAGAAAAGACGAUUUGAGGAAAAUUGUCACCGAUGGUCUAAUCUCUCUCGGUUAUAACGCCUCCCUUUGCAAAUCCAAAUGGGAUAAAUCCCCCUCAAUUCCAGCUGGCGAGUAUGAAUACAUCGAUGUGGUGGUGGAAGGCGAGAGAGUGAUAAUCGACGUGGAUUUCCGAUCGGAGUUCGAGAUCGCCCGAUCGACGAGCAGUUACAAGGCGAUUCUGCAGAGCCUCCCCUAUAUUUUCGUCGGAAAAACCGACCGUCUGAUUCAGAUCGUGGCGAUCGCGUCGGAGGCGGCGCGGCAGAGCCUGAAGAAGAAAGGCAUGCACAUCCCGCCAUGGAGGAAAGCCGAUUACAUGAAAUCGAAGUGGCUCAGCCCUCACCUCCGCCUCGCCGCCGACUAUCGCGAGGAGGUGCUGGAUUUGGAGCGCGAGGGGGGAGAAUUGGAGUUGAUCUUCGGUGAGGAGGAGCCCUCAUCGCCGGGAAAGGAAGCUCCGGCGGCGAUGACGUGGCAGCUGCCGGCGAUCAAGCCGAAGAGUUUCGAGAGAGGGAAUAAAGCGGUGGUCACCGGAUUAGCUGCUCUCCUCAAAGAGAAACUCUGAUGAAGAAAUUUUUGUUCCCUUUUUUUACCCCUAGAAUAAUUAAUCUAACUUUUUUUUACUAUCAAAUUUUCCUUUUUUGGAUUUACAAAAAUCAAAUAUAUAGAGAUGUUUAUGUCUCUAUGCACAAGGCAAUCAAUUUGAAAUAAAAAACCAAAUAUAAAUUUGAUUUUGUGGAUUGAAAUAUACGCGCAUUGGGAAAA